AUGGCCUCGCUCAGCAGCACCGGCAUCGCACCUUCCGAGCUCGCCACACCUCCCAAGGCAGGUGCGCUUAAUCGCUUGCGUCAGAGUCCCUCCAACGCGGGUCCAAAAGACACCAUCCCCAUCACCUCCAAGACACCACCACGCAAGCAGAGGAGUUCGCGGUUCCACGUCACAGAGAAGGUAGAGCUUGAGAAGCUACCUCAGUUCAACGAGGUAGUACCUGCCGAUCGACCCGAGCUCUUUGUCCGUAAGCUGCGCCAGUGCUCGCUCGUCUUUGAUUUCAACGACGCCAGUCAAGAGCUCGAGGGCAAGCAGAUCAAGGCCGCCACACUACACGAGAUGCUCGACUACAUCACCACUAACCGCAAAGUCAUCAACGAUGAGAUCUAUCCCGAAGUCGUCGCCAUGUUCUCUGCCAACCUCUUCCGCUCCAUCCCGCCGCAGGUCAAUCCCGUCGGCGAUGCUUUCGACCCGGAGGAGGACGAACCGGUGCUCGAGCUCGCCUGGCCGCAUCUCCAGAUCGUCUACGAGUUCUUCCUCCGCUUCGUCGAGAGCCCGGACUUCAACACCAACAUUGCCAAGAAGUUCAUCGACCACCACUUUGUGUUGCAAUUGCUCGAACUCUUCGACAGCGAGGAUCCCCGCGAGCGCGAUUUCCUGAAGACAACAUUGCAUCGCAUCUACGGCAAGUUCCUCAACCUGCGAGCCUUCAUCCGACGAUCCAUCAACAACGUCUUUUUCCAGUUCAUCUACGAGACCGAGCGCCACAAUGGCAUCGCAGAGCUGCUCGAGAUACUUGGAUCCAUCAUCAACGGCUUUGCACUGCCGCUCAAGGAGGAACACAAGACAUUCUUGACGCGUGUGCUCAUCCCGCUGCAUAAGGUCAAGAGCCUGGCGCUCUAUCACCCGCAGCUCGCCUAUUGCGUCGUGCAGUUCUUGGAAAAGGACAGCUCGUUGACCGAAGAGGUACUGCUCGGACUGUUGCGGUACUGGCCCAAGGUCAACUCGCCCAAGGAGGUCAUGUUCCUCAACGAGGUCGAGGAGAUCUUGGACGUCAUCGAGCCGUCCGAGUUUGUCAAGAUCGAGGUGCCCCUCUUCCAGCAGCUCCAACGGUGCAUCAACAGCCAGCACUUCCAGGUGGCCGAGCGCGCGCUCUACUUUUGGAACAACGAGUACAUCGUCAAUCUCAUUGGCGACAAUGUGCAAGUCAUCCUGCCCAUCGUGUUUUCAUCGCUCUACCAGAACUCCAAGGCGCAUUGGAAUCGUACCAUCCACGGCCUCGUCUACAACGCGCUCAAGCUCUUUAUGGAGAUCAACCCGGCGCUUUUCGAGAUGUGCACCAACGAGUACAAACAGCAGCGCCAGAUGGAGAAGCAGAAGCUCGUCGACAGGGAAGAGGCGUGGAAGAAGCUUCGCGACACUGCUAUCAAGAACAGCAAAGCGAUCGGCGUCGAGAUGCCCGCUUCGCUCAAAGAGGAGCAGGCAGCGCCAGCGGGCAGCGUCAACCCGUACGACCUCGACGCGUUCGACUCGGCUGCUGACUUGACGGCUGGCGCCGAUAGCUUGUUUGAGCAGAUGGGCCAAGGCAUCAACGGCGAAGUCUCGACGACGGAUUUUGACGAUGUGGAAGCCAACCGCGUUGCACAAGAGACCGCGCAAGCGCAACAAGCCGAUCCUGCGGGUGAGGACAGCGUGGACGAUAUGAAAGAGUUCCCGGAAACCGCUCGACAGCAGGUCAACAAGCAAGAGUCACCGCAUGUGCGACGCAAGAGCGUAAUACCGAUGGAUCCGACGGUGCUGGCAGAGCUUGCCGGGCACAAGAGCUUGGAUGGAGUGGAUCUUCGACAGCCAUCGAGUGAUGCGUAG